AUGGAGGAGCAGCCCCACCACCACCAUCAUCACCACCACUAUUACUACUACGGACACCACCACCACCACCCGCAGAGCGCCUACCUGCCGCCGCCCGACGGCCGAGCCCAGCCCAAGCCGCCGCUCCGCCACGAGCACAAGCACGGCGGCCCGCAGCACACGGAGGCGCCGAAGCGGAGACCAGGCUACGGAGAGCUAAAUGGUAACGCAGGAGAACGAGAAGUGUCACUAAAGGGCCUGUGCUCUGAUGAAGCCACCGCCCCAGGAUCCAGGGUACCCAAUGGCAGCCAGCAGCUCGUAGAUUCUAAUGUCACCCCAAAGCAGACUGUGAAGGGCGGUGCUUUGGGGAAGGCUGGAAUCAAACCCAAGAACUUCAUUCAGAAAAAUAGCAUGGACAAAAAGAAUGAGAAGUCCUACGAAAACAAACACAGAGAAAACCAAUCCUCAGACAAGCCAGAGGGAGUGUCUAUUCCAAACGGUGUGGUAACCAAUAAUUCCAGCUACAUCACAAAUGGCUACGUAGGCAAAGGGGCCGACAACGAUGGUAGUGGCUCCGAGAGUGGAUAUACUACACCUAAAAAACGGAAAGGCAGGCGCAACAGUGCCAAGGGUUGUGAGAACUUGAAUCUAGUACAGGACAAAAUAAUGCAGCAGGAGGUCAGCGCACCAACCUUGAAACAGGAACUUGACAGUUUCAAGCCUGAUUAUAGUGAACAAAAGGGGAACCGAAUUGAAAAUACUAAGCCUGUUUGGAAAUACGAGGCUGGGGCUGGUGGAGCAGGCCGGGGAAAGCCUGGGCUCGGGGAUGUACCGAGGAAAAACUCUGAUGCCAAACCUGGGAUUAGUGGCAAGAAGUUUGAUGACCGGCCCAAAGGGAAGCACGCAUCAUCGGCUACAUCUAAAGAGGACUCAUGGACCUUAUUUAAACCGCCCCCGGUUUUUCCAGUGGACAAUAGCAGUGCUAAAAUUGUUCCCAAAAUUAGUUAUGCAAGUAAAGUUAAAGAAAACCUCAACAAAGCAGCUCAAACCCCAUCCACAUCGUCCUCGUCAUCUUCAUCAUCUGCUGGGGAAACUCAGGCCCAAACAUCAAGUCGACUGUCCCAGGUCCCCAUGUCUGCUAUGAAAUCUGUCACUUCUGCCAGCUUCUCAAAUGGGCCGAUCCUGGCAGGGACUGAUGGAAGUGUGUAUUCCCCAGGGGCCCAGCCACUGCUUUCCACUGCUGCUAGUACUGUACCAUCGACCUCCUCCGAGUCAGUACCCCAGGACAUGAGUACAACUUCGACAACCCCCGAACAAAAGAAAUCUGGCCUUUUUAUCUACCCUUCAAAUAUGCAAACUGUGCUCCUGGGGACAGCGCAAGUCGAUUUCCCUUCGCAGACGAAUCAGCAGAACCUGGGGGAUAUCUUCCAGAAUCAGUGGGGCUUGUCUUUCAUAAACGAGCCCAGUGCUGGACCUGAAACCAUUGUGGGGAAAUCUACGGAUAAUCAGUUAAUGGAAGUGACAUUUCAAGGGGAAUAUCCUGCCACUUUGGUUUCACAGUGUGCUGAAAUCAUUCCCUCAGGAACUGAACAACCUGUGUUUCCUAAGGCUUAUGAGCUGGAUAAACGGACUAGCCCUCAAAUUCUUAGUGCUAUUCUUAAGCCUGGGACUGCUGUUGAGGGUGGUGUCUUAGCUUUGGAGUCACAUCACACAGGUGACCUACAAAAGGCAGACACCGGUAGCCAAGGUGCUUUAGUGUUUCUUUCAAAAGACUAUGAAGUAGAGAAUCCUCUGGCCUCUCCUACGAACAAUUUGCUAGCCUCCGCCAAAGAACAGAGGUACCAGAGAGGCCUAGAAAGGAAAGAUAGCUGGGGUUCUUUUGACCUGAGGGCUGCUAUUCUAUAUCACACUAAAGAAAUGGAAGCGGUUUGGAAUUUGCAGAAGCAAGAUCCCAAAAGGAUAAUCACUUAUGAUGAAGCCAUGGAUCGCCCGGAUCAAUGAAGGUAGCAAGACAAGACUGCCUGUUCUAACCUUUCUGCAGCAUUUGUGCUGUUCGUGGGGGACAAAAAGGCUUUUAUGCUCCUUCUAAAUCUUCAGUGCAGCAGAGGAACCAUAACUAGAAUCACAGGAUAAUAUAUUCAAAUAUAUAUAUAGUUAUUUAAAAAUGGCAACUGAAAGUAAUUAGACUUCUUAAGGAAUCUGAAAAUUUAUUUCAACGAGACUACACACGUGAUUAUUUAAUCUCCGGUA